AUGCUCGUUGAAAAUGAGUCGAUGAAUGAAUGGACACACCCAAAACCAUCUGUGGAUAUGCGUUGUGGAUACGUCAUUCUUGUUAGGAUUUACGGAUAUGCCACAGUAAAUCGUCUAAAUAUUUUGGCUACUACUGCAGGCUUCAUCAAAACUGUUCUGUGCAGUCGACCGCGUCAAUUUCGUUCCGCUCAACAUUCGCUGAAAAUCGUCGAUCACUGUCAAGCUUAUCUAAUCUCACAAAGCAUCCAGGAAGAUGAUAAGCAUUCAUUGUACGUGUUCCCCGAGCAACUAUCCGCGCUGACUUGUCGUACCGGGUUUUCUAAGGAUGAAAUUCGUAAACUGUAUCGCGCCUUCAAGCAGCUAUGCCCCAGGGGAUGCGCAACUUCCGGCGACCUGAAACCCGCGUACGCCAAACUGUUUCCACUUGGCGAUUCAGCCAGAUAUGCACAGCUCGUGUUCAACAACAUCGAUAGGGAUGGCGAUGGCAUCGUCAAUUUCAAUGAUCUUCUCGGAGCCAUGACGUCGAUCAUCAACGGCAACGUGGACCAGAAGCUUUCCUGGAUAUUUAAGUUCUAUGAUCUGAACGGCGACGGUUGUAUCACAAGACAGGAAAUGCUGACUAUAGUAUCCGCGAUUUACGAGAUGGUGCAAAAUGCGCAGGCUAUCCAGUCCAUGGUUAACCAACAGGUGGACAAGUUCUUCGAGAAGAUGGACGCGAAUAAAGAUGGUAUAGUCUCCAGAGAAGAAUUUAUGAAGGGCUGCAAAAAUGUACGGGAUUCUACUGAUGCUAUUAUAUACAAUCAGUUAUUUUUGUUUAAUAAUAUCUGGUGA